UUGCAUCAGUUCAAAUUUGUCGUAGAACGGUGAAGGUAUAGUUGGCACUGUGUGUUACAUAUCCAUCUUUCGUGGUGUUGCGAAGGAAGCAGUGCGCAGAGUCUGUUAGAAAUGGUGGGAGGCCACGAGUAGAGUUACUUACUUAAUCAAUGCUGAACAUUCGCGCUAGAGACGUCGCGUUGUUACGACGGUCGACGAAAUCUUGUCAGAUUGGACCCCACCGGCUCGGUAAAGUCAAGAGCAUGCUAAUGCGUGCAACACAAAGAUACUUUAUUAAUAAGCUGCUCUUUUGGGGAUCGUCGUCUGCUAAGGGAUCGAAAGGAACAUUAGAGCUUUCGGACGUGGCGAAAAUCGAAGAGGAGAUCGAUCAUCCAAUCGAGCUAUUUAAAAUCUGGCGCGAGGAGACACGGAGAUACAGCCCAAACACGCCGGAUGCCUGUUGCUUGGCAACUACAUCAAAGGAGUGUAAAGUGUCCGCAAGAAACGUCAUCCUUCGCGAGUUCGAUAACGAUGGUUUUGUACUCGUAACGGACAGUCGUAGCAGAAAAAUCGAUGACAUAGAAAACGUUCCCUACGCUGCCAUGUGUUUUGUUUGGUUUUAUAUAAACGACCAGCAGCAGAGGAUAGCGAAGCAGGUGAGGGUUGAAGGUAUCAUGAAAAAAUUAGAGAAGGAACAAUAUCAGCACUUGUACGACAGGGAACCAUUAUUUUGCAAAAUUCGGUCGCAUUUGUGUAAUCAGGGGCGCGAAGUGGACUGGGAAAAGCAUAAACAGCGUCACGAUGAUAUAUUAGACUCAGUUCGUAGAAAUGAGAAUGACUUGCCAAUGCCGGAUCACUUCGUUGGAUACAAGCUGCUGCCUACAAUGAUGGAAUUUUACUUCGCGAGGGAUCACUUGAUAGGCGAUCGUCUAUUAUAUGAAAAAGAUUCAUCGAACGAUUCUUGGGUACACCAUCGAAUUGCCGCAUGACAUAAUACCGACUCAUUGUCAAUUCAUACGCGUUAUUAUCUUUCUGUCGUGUUAUGAAAUUAUUUGAAUACGAUUUGUUUAAAAUAC